UCUUCAGUCUUCGCUCUUCAGACUAAAAUCAGGGUGGUUCGGAUUGGUCUAGAUUGUCCUCUACGACUGUGUAAAAUAGCCUUCACAAUGAAUGACCGUAGUAGUGAGGUACGUCGAGUUAUCAACAACAUGUUGAUAGAAACUGGAGAGAAGGAGCGGCUCAAGGAAAAGCUUAAAAACAGACUCACUGAGAGUGGGUGGAAAGAUGACAUGAAGGCUCAUGCCAAGGAUGUGGUGAAGGAGCGCGGCCUGAAGAACAUCACAGUAGAGGAGCUGGUCAGAGCAAUCACUCCCCGUGGCAGGGAGAGCGUGCCGACGUCAGUGAAGCAAGAACUGCUCUCGGACAUCAAAGACUUCUGGGAAACUCACGUACGCAACUGUNUUUGUAUGCCUUGUAGACAUCUCAUGCCUCCUUAUCCAUGUCUACCAAACUCUUUCAUACGUCUACUAGACAUCUCAUGCCUCCUUCUCCAUGUCUACCAAACCCUUUCAUACGUCUACUAG